AUGCCGCCGCCCGACGCCGCAGGACACCUCCGCCACCCGAGGACCGCUCUGCCGCCUCGACCACGCCUCCUCGCCGGACUACCUCCCCGGCGUCGCGUCGUCCUCGUCCCCCACCCCGACCCCCGCUGCCCUGACCCUACGGCCACCGUGAGCCGCUGCCUAUUCCCGCCUCCUCUCCCCUCUGCUCCCAUCACCGGAUCAGACCGUGCCGUCAUCCGCGCCGUGGCCCUGGUGCCGUCCCCGAUGGCCACCGGCCACGCGCUGCUUCGCCCCCGCCGGCGCCCGCGGCGGCUGCCGCUGCCGCCCCACGACCGCUGUGGCUCACCGCCGCCCCGCGCUCACCAUGGCCCCCGCGCCCGCUGGCCGCGUCAAGCGCCCCCAGCGCCUCGCGCUCCUCCUGGCCUCCCCCUGUGA